CCUCCGGCGCCUACGCUUAAUGGCGGUUCUUUUGACUCCUCGGUUCCGCCACCUUGGCAGCCAGAAUGAGCUUGCGGGUACAGGCCGGAGCGGUCGGAGUUCCGUUGUCCCUAGAGGUGGCUCCUGCCGGAAAAGGAAGACAGGUUGCUCUGGUCCUUUUCAAGCUACUCAGCUGUGGGAUGGUAUUGUUCACUCCCUUCAGACCCAAGUGGAAAUAAAAAGGAGGAGACAUCAUUUACGAACAUACAAAGACUGUUUUACUGGUUCUGAUGCUGUUGAUGUAGUAUUAAGUCAUCUUAUGCAAAAUGUGUGCCGAAGUAGCAAUGACCUCUCUCGUCUUAAAGGAGUUCAUCUUUGCCAACUUCUAAUGAAUCAUAAAGUGUUUGAACCGGUAGGAAUGAAGCUAUUCAAAACUGAAAAGGAACUGGAAUUUGAAGAUUCCAACAAUAGUCUCUACAGGUUUCUAGGCAAUAAAUCAUCUAAUGUUUUUUGCAAAAGAAAAAAGGAUGCUGAGAAUGAGCUGAUUGGUGAAAUAAAAGCAAAAAAUCCUUUAAGCAGAUCAGAAGAUGAAAUGAUUUCUAAUCCUCUAGCACAUGGGCUCUGUGGAGAAAGAACUGAGGAACUUAUUCAUACAAUGAGUGGGAAUCUGCAUUUACCUCCAAAUAUCAUUAUUAAUGAACCCAUUCUCCAGCUUUCGAAAGAAGCUGUGGAAGAUAUUUGGAAACAACAAACAUUGUUAUGUAUUCUCCAACUGAUUCAUCUUCCAUUCUUGGAAAAUAUUUUAGAACCUCCAAUUAAAGCACAAAAUCUUCAAUUAAGUAAGGAGGAAGAUCUGGUUAUCUCUAACACUUGCCUGGACAGAGAGCUUAUUCCAAGCUUAUGUCUAACUGAGAUUGAUAACUGGCUUAAUGCAGCAGUUGAAUGCUUGGAAUAUUUCCCUGACCAGUUAAUAGUUAGAGUUAGUCAGCAGUUAGUACAAAACCAAAGUGAAGCGACAAAAUUGGAUAUUCAGAAGAAAUUACUCUUCGAUGUCAUAGUAAAAUAUUAUAAUCAAGAGAGAUCUUGCCUGUUAACUGAUGACUAUUUUGAUAUUCAUUCAGGAAUUAUUGAACUUUUAGAAAAAGAGAGAAGAGUAGAAGCUCUUGAAGCAAUACAGCUCUAUCUAAGAUUGUUGUUGCCCCAUGUGAGAGAAGAGUUACGACGGCUGCUUACUUUUAUGGCUAUUGCAUCAGAGCCUAAUGCCUACAGGUUGCAAAAACAGUAUGAUAACAAAACAGUGGUCAUGAAAACUCUUGCCAAAGCAGUCCUGCAAACCAAAUCUUUAUUAAAAAUACAGGCAGAACAACUGGUCUGGUUUCUACUGGAGUAUCACUCUGAGCUCUUCAAGACACCCGUUACUUUACUGGAUCUCGUCAGUAAGAAACUUAAGAAGCUUCUGCAUGGAGAAGAUCCAGAUGCCAUCUCAGGUAACUGAAGUUAGAGAGGUUAUGUGACAUGGCCAACAGGAAAAGUAGGUAACAGGGCAGGCACUGAGCCUAACAGGUAAGAUGCUGUGUCCCUUGGAGUACCUGGAUUCGAUUCCUAGCUCCAGUUCCUGGCUCCACUUCCUGCUAAUGCAAACCCUGGGAGGGUAAUGAUGGUUCAAAUAAUUGAAUUCUUGCCACUCAUGUGGCAGACUUGGAUAGCAUUCCUGGCUACCAGCUUUAGCCCCACCCCAGCCCAGCUCCAGCUACUGUGGACACUGGGGCGUGAACAAGCAGUUGGGAGUUCAUGCUCACUAUCUGUCUCUGUUUUACUGUCUCUCUGCCUCUCAAAUAAAAAAAAACUUUUAAAGGGGAAAAAGGUAGGUAACUUUUUUUUGAAAAAAUAAUAAAAAUUCAAAGACAUUACUAAUCUUAAAAAAAAUUCGGAGGGGACAUAAUUUAUUUGCUUGAAUUAGAAUUUCUCAGCUAAUAGGUGCUAUUUUCUCUCAUUUCCUUCUUUGAAUAUGGGGUAUAUGGCACAAGUAUAUUGUCACAUACAUCCUAUUUGAUGAAUCAAACAGUGAUACUAAUGAAGUAUUCUACAACUAAUAUCUUUUGGUAUUAAUUCUAGUGUAUUUUACUAAUUUCAAAACAAAUUUCAGUUGACUGCUAUUAACUGCACUAGCUUUUCACAUUUUUUCCCCAUAACUUUAGGUUUUAGAGGAACAUGGGGAGAUUGUAAGCAUUUUAACAUUUCCAUUCAACAAUAUGCUUUGAAUACGAGGCACUUCAAACAGUUCACAGAUAAAUGGCAUUAAAAGUUAAGUUUGUUUUGUUACAAAAAUUUUUGAAAUCCAUGAAUAAUUGUUUUGUUUUAAAGAUUUAUUUAUUUAUUUGAAAGGCAGAGUUUACAGAGAAAGAGAAAGUGAGUGAGAAAGAGAGAAAUCUUCCAUCUGCUGGUUCACUACCCAAAUGGCUGCAGUGGCCACAGUGGGGCCUGUCCUAAGUCAAGAACCUGGAACUUCUUCCCAGUCUCCCACAUGGUGCAGGGGCCUAAAGACUUGGGCCAUCUUCUGCUGCUUUCCCAGACACACUUGCAGGGAGCUUGAUCAGAAGUAGAACAGCAGGGACUCAAACCAGUGCCCAUAUGGGAUGCUGUUGUUGCAGGCAGCAGCCUUACCGGCUAGACCACAAUAGUGGCCCCAAUAUUUUUUUAUGAUGUUCAUUUUCCAUGAACUUUUUGAAGUCCCCUCAUAUAAAUGCUUUAUGCAGUGCUGUGAACUAUAAACAUUUGGAAAGUGAAGCUAUCUUAUUUCAUUUUUUCUAGAAGUUUAUCUUUUAGUGAAAUAAUAUUUAAUAUUCAGAUUAAAUCAACAUAUUAAUUUAAUUUUUAAAAGAUUUAUUUAUUUUUUUGAAAAGCAGAAUUACAGAGAAAUAGAGAGGGAAAGACAGAAAGAGAGAGAGAUCUUCCAUCUGCUGGUUAACCGCACAAAUGGCUGCAACAUCUGGAGCUGAGCUGGUCCAAAGCCAGGAGCCAGGAGCUUCUUCUGGGUCUCCUAAGCACUUGGGCCAUUCUCUGCUGCUUUCCCAGGCACAUUAGCAGGGAGCUGGAUGGGAAGUGGAGCAGCUGGGACGUGAACUGGUGCCAAUACGGGAUGCCGGUGCUGCAGAUGGCAGCUUAAACUGCUGCACCAGAGUGCCAGCUCCUUAAUUGAAUUUUUUAAUUCUUUAUGUUGUAUAUUGUAUAUUGUAUGUGCUUUCUGUUGUAUGUUCCUUUUCCUAUACUUGAAAUGAUUCCUUAAAAUGCAUGAGAGUUGAUUUAAAAUGCUCCUGAGAUGGGGCCGGCGCUAUGGCAUAGCGCAGGUAAAGCUGCCACCUGCAGUGCUGGCAUCCCAUAUGCCAUAUGGGCAUCCGUUCGAGUCCUGGCCGUUCUGCUUCCAAUACAGCUCUCUGCUAUGACCUGGGAGAGCAGUGGAGGAUGGCCCAGGUCUUUGGGCCCAUGUACCUGCAUGGGAGACCCGGAGGAAGCUCCUGGCUCUUGGCUUCAGAUCAGCGCACCUCCGGCCCUUGCGGCCAAUUGGGGAGUGAUCCAGAGGAUGGAAGAUUUCUCUCUCUCUGCCUUCCUUCUCUCUCUGUGUAACUCUGACUUUCAAAUAACUAAAUAAAUAAAUCUUUAAAAAAAUGCUCCUGAGAGCUGGAAUUCAUCCAUCCAUUCAACUAUUCACUAGAUUUUUUUUGAACAUUUACUAUGUGCAAGACUUUGUAUAAGCAUCACAAAUAUAAAGAUAUAUAAGAUAAUGCCCUUGCUUACAAUAAACUCAUGCUUUACUAUUCAAAGGGACUAGCACAUUUUAUAUUUUAAUAAAUAUUUAUUGGAUAAAUUCAGAGAAAGAAUUGAUGAUGGAGAAAUAGCCAUGGAAACCAGUCAUAAAAUAUUAGAGGUUUUCUAAAAGUUAGUGGAAAAUGUGAAUUUUGUAAAAAUUAUGCAGGGAUUUCAAAUCAUUUUUGUACCAAAAUUUUUUUUUUUUUUACUAAAUUUUUCCAUGAACUUUUUGAAGUUCCUCACAUGAUCGGUGUGUGUCCUGCCAGAGUAGGUUAUGAAAGUCUGAAAAAAGGGGCCGGCGCCGUGGCUCACUUGGUUAAUCCUCCACCUAAGGUGCCAGCAUCCCAUAUGGGUGCUGGGUUCUGGUCCCGGUUGCUCCUCUUCCUGUCUAGCUCUCUGCUGUGGCCCAGGAAUGCAGUGGAGGAUGCCCCAGGUGCUUGGACCCCUGCACCCACAUGGGAGACCAGGAGGAAGCACCUGGCUCCUGGCUCCGGAAUGGCGCAGUGCCGGCCAUAGUGGCCAUUUGGGGCGUGAACCAACAGAAGAAAGACCUUUCUCUCUGUCUAUCUCUCUGACUAUAACUCUACCUGUCAAAAAAAAAAAAAGAAAAAAGAAAAGUCUGGAUAAGGAUUACCUGACCUAGUUUGAGGGUAUCAGACUUGAUGUGAAGAGAUAAUUCCCAGCAGGAAUCUUAAAAAUGAGUGAGGAGGGUUAAAACCAAGGAGUAGAGGUGAAUAUAUUUAGAUAGAGGAUAGUGUGAGUGAAAGAGGUAAGCCCUAGAGAUAUGGAUAGGUAUCAGCUCAUGCAGGGCCUCCUUUAGCAGUCAGCAAACUCACCAGGCAGUUGUGGAAGCAUUAAAAGUUAUUUUUAUGAAAGUGGUAAAGCCAGAUAGGAUUCUAGGAGCAGCAUGCUAGCAGCAGUGCAGAGAACAUGUUGGCUGGGGGAGCUGCAGGCAGUCUUAUUUAGGAGACUGCUAAUAACAGAGUGUAAGUGAGAAAUGCUGUAGCCCGUACUGUGGCAGAGGCGAGGGCAAUGAAGAGGAGGGGACAGGUUGGAGAAAUUUCUAAGAGAUAAAAUUGGUAACAUUUGAUUUCAUCUGGGGUUUAGGGAGAAAUGCAACUUUAAAAAAAAUGACCCAAGCUUCCAGGUGAGGUGACUGCUACCAGUUUAGAUAGAAAAACAGAUAAAGAGGAACAGGUUUAGGGAAAUGAUGGAGUCUGGGGAUUUUAAGUUCUGUAUGGGCCAUCUGAUCAAGAUUUUCAGCAAGUCAACUGGAUAUGCAGUUUUGAACCUUAGAGGAGAGAGAGGAGCUAAAAAUAAGUAUGUGGGUUCAUCAGCGUGUGGUAGAAAUUGAAGUCAUUCGUGGUGUGUUAAGUAAAAGAAGAGACCCAAGGAUAAAACUGUAAGGGAUGCCAAUAAUCAGGAGUAGGUAAAGAGAAGCCCAUGAAUGAGACAUAGAAGAGGAUUUAGGAACAAGAUGAUCUGAAGCUGUGUCCAUAAAGUCAAAGAAAAGUAACCUAUUAGGCAGGAGGGUUCCAUGUGGCAGAAGAUCAGCACUGCUGCUAACUAUCUGGACGGAGUUGGUGGGAACUGUUUUUGUGCUUGAGAAGCAAAAGCCAGGUUGCAGUGGCAUUAAGAAGAGUGAACAGGUAAAGAAAUGCAGAGCCGUGAGACAGAGAAGAGGGGAACUGGGCAAUACCCAUCAACUUUAGCAACCUGGUCUGCUGAGAGGAAGGCUUCAGAAGGAAGGGGAUAUUGAAGGAACAAAGAUGGCUGAUGAAGUCAGGCAAGGAGGAAAUUAGUUCAAGGGCAUAGGAUCAAGGGUUUUCCUGGAACGGGAGAAAGGAUAUUGGAGCAAAGGUGACAGUAUUUGUGGAUGUAAAUAAAUCUGUAGGUGUUAAGAGUAGGCAGUUUAUGGAGAUUGUUAAUUGAUGAAUCUUUCCCUUGGCAAAGUAGUAGGGGGAGACUGUAUUGUCUGAGGAUGACAUGAGAAGGGAAUAGUUUGAAACACAUGGUUAGGGGAAUGAGAAAAGAGAUUAAGAAAGGACAAGUACAUGGACUGAUGAGUCAGAUGAAGCAGGAGAUUACAUAUCUUAGUGGUGCCAGUUGGACAGUUUGUUUCUUAGGAGCACCUGUGCACUUGAAUUCUGGAUGAGAGCAUUGAUUUAAGAGCUGGAGCUUUGUCAGCUAUUGCAGAAGGAUAGAAGUGCAAGAGGAUUUAGGACACACACUGAUGAGACAGUGGUUAAAACGUAUGUAUAUGUGUCUGAUCCAACAUGGGAAAGAAGAGACAGUGGGAUGGAGGCUGAUAAAGAAAAUGUCACAUCAAGGUUUUAUGUUCAAAGAUUGAAGGGAGUUGACAAAGAUAAAAACAGUAUUAUAUAGUGGUAGAGACCAGGCCCUGGGAGGGGAAAACCCUGUAUGCAGAUCCUAGCUUGACCACUUGCUAGCCAUGUGUUUCAAGCUUUUAUUUCUUUAUCAAUAAGGAAUCACUGAUAAAAAUACCUACAAACCUAAACCUUAGAAUACUGCAGAUUUAGGCCGGUGCCACGGCUCAAUAGACUGAUCCUCCACCUGUGGCGCCGGCAACCCGGGUUCUAGUCCCAGUUGGGGCGCUGGAUUCUGUCCCCGUUGCUCCUUUUCCAGGCCAGCUCUCUGCUGUGGCCCGGGAGUGCAGUGGAGGAUGGCCCAAGUGCUUGGGCCCUGCACCUGCAUGGGAGACCAGGAGAAGCACCUGGCUCCUGGCUUCGGAUCAGCACGGUGCGCCGGCCAUAGCACGCUGGCCACAGCAGCCAUUGUGGGGUGAACCAAUGGUAAAGGAAGACCUUUCUCUCUGUCUCUCUCACUGUCCACUCUACCUGUUAAAAAAAAAAAAAAAAAAAAAGGAAUACUGCAGAUUUAAUGAGAAAAAGCACCAAAAGCUUGGCACAUGGUAAGCACUAAGUGUAAGGUGUUAUUUGAAGCUACCAAUUCUGAGUAAAGAGUACAGGAGUUUAAGUUUUUAGAAGCAGUAUAAUUGGAGGGCAUCACCACAGGUGUAUUUAAUUGAAGCCUAUUUUAGUGAAGAUAAAGGGAAAAAAUACCCAACAUUUAUGGGCUUCAGGAAUUCAAAUGUUAACUCUGGUUGUGAAUUGAUGUAGUGUUUGUGGAGGCAAGGUGUGAGCUAAGGUGUCUUCAUCCUCCAAUGAGCAUGGGGAAACAGCUGACUACAUGCCAAGUCAGUUCAUGCAGUGGUAGGCAGUCCUGCCAUAGCAUCCCAAGUCCUUUGUUCCUGUUUUGAACAUGCCUCUAAUUUAUUAGCCAUGCCAACUAAUUCUUUGUGUAUUCCUCUUGAACUGGGAUAGUAGUUCCUUGCUUUUCUUCCUUCUUGGAAUUAGAGAUUAAAUAAAAUAAUACAUGUAAAAUAAAAUAAUGUAUGUUUUGCUAAAGUAUAAAGCACUUUUUAAGGAAACAGGAUUGGGGCCAGCGCUGUGGCAUAGCAGGUGGAGCCGCCACCUGCAGUGCCAGCAUCCCAUAUGGGCGCUGGUUUGAGUCCUGGCUGUUCCACUUCCAAUACAGCUCUCUGCCAUAGCCUGGGAGGGCAGUGGAGAACAGCACAAGUCUUUGGCCCCCUGCACCCACAUGGGAGACCUGGAAUAGGCCCCAGGCUCCUAGUUUUGGAUUGGUGCAGCUCCGGGAAUCUGGCCAUCUGGGGAGUGAACUAGCGAAUGGAAGAUCUCUCUCUUUCUUUCUCUGCCUCUGCCUCUCUGUAACUCUGCCUUCCAAACAAAUAAAUAAAUAAAUAAAAUAAAAGAAGAAACAGAAUUAUUACUUUGGAAAAAGGAAAAUAUGGGCAUACGUAACAUUAUUUACCAUGUUUGGAAAAAUAAUAAGCCCAACAUAAGGCAAGUCUG